AUGGCCGCAUCCGCCUCGUUGACUGAGUCGGCUCCGGCUUUCAGGAGGAGGGCUUUGGAAGUCGGCCUCAGCCCAGGUGAGGUUGACCAUUUGGUUGCCAACCACUUGAACACGCUUUCCAAGUUGGCCUUUGCUGUUGUUCCCCCUGGGAAAGUUCCAGAAGAUGCUGGCGUGGUGGCACUGCUACCCGCUGGGGCCAACCGGGGUGCGGUGGCCGGCCUGAAACGCUUGAUUUUCGAGUCACACACUUUAAUAGUUUCGGAGCUGAAGCAGCGUGUGGAACGCAGUGAUGACAGCCACUCCGAGUCACUCAACACUGCCGAAAGGGAGUCGAGACUCGAAGAACAAAAGCGGCGUUUGGGAGGUUUGACAUUCACCGGCGAUGAGGAGGUUGCUCACAAUGCUUACAACCUCGUGUUUUCCAUGUUGCAGAAGGACGAGCUGCAGUGGCUUAGCCCCGAGAAGUUUGGCACCAGGCGGGCCGAGCUUUCGUCGCGCAAGCCCGCACGUGAGCUGGUGCUUGAUGGCAGCGGCUCUGGUGUUGAGGUCAAGGAGCGCGCCUCCCAUACCCCCUGCGCUAUCACUUCUGAGUUAGAUUUGGUGAUGGCUUUUCGACGUCGUGCCUUGGCUUUCGAUCUGGUCGGUGUGGCUUCUUUCAACGUCUUCAACAAGUACCACCAAGCGUUGGCCCAGCGUAUGCAGGAGCUGCCGCCGCCUGGCUAUGUUCGGGUCAGUACGGCGCAGGUCAUCAGGGCCGAUCGUGCCGCCUUUUUGCGCAUGGCUGAGCGGGCUACCACUUUGAAGCGGACAGCUGCGGGCGCCAUUCCCCUUGACGCCAUCUUGGAGAACAUCCUUCAGGACCCCUCUGUGUCUUAUCACCUCUUACCGCUACCUGCUGGCAAGUCUGCGGAUGCAGACGGGAAAGGUGAGAAGGGAGAUCGGAAGCGGGAAGCUCCCGAUCUUCCCAACAGGCCAAGUAAGCGUGCCAAAGGAGGAGGCAAGCAGCGUACCCCUUUCAAUGUCCCAAAGGAGCUGGUUGGUAAAAUCCAUGAGACGAAGAGAGGCCAUCGCCUUUGUUGGGGGUUCAAUCUUCCGUGCGGCUGCAAUGACGCGAAGCCCGGAGGAAAGUGCGGCAAAGGCUUGCACUUAUGCGCUGAGCCGGGGUGUUUAAAGGCUCACAGCUUGCAAGAGCACCACGCCAAAGUUGGUUUGGCUGCUUCCGAUCGCUCUGCCUUUUUGGAGGCUGCUGCAAAGUCUGUGUCGGGCUCGCAGCUUAGCGAUAUGGUGGUCGUUGAAGUUUUCUGCGGCAGUGGCAGGCUUUCAGCCUCGCUCAAACGCGAGGGUUUUGAUGCCUUUGGCGUUGAUCACAUGGUGUCACGACAGGCUGCGUGCAGUGUUCUCAAACUUGAUCUCUGCAGUGAACUGGAUAGAGCCCACUUGUGGUCUCUGGUUCGGGAUCCUGCUGUUCGGUUUGUGCAUUUCACGCCGCCUCGUGGUACAGCAAACCGCGCCCGAGACAUCCGCUUUGAAGGUGCUUCAGUACAGCUUCGCAGUCCGACUUACCCUGAAGGGGUGCCGGGCCUCCAUGGAGUGCAAGCUCUUAGAGUCUCCAAAGCGAAUUCAUUAUACUCUUUGGUUUUCGAACUUUGUCAGUUUUGCAUAAAGCAUCAUAAGUUCUUUGCCGUCACGAAUCCGCGAAGAAGUUAUUUGUGGGAGUUACCGACAUGGCGCGCCUUCCUCCAGCAACCUGAUGUGUUUCAAACGGAGUUUCAUCAUUGCGAGUAUGGUGGUCUUCGGCAGAACGCUACAAAGCUGGUGCACAAUGUUCCUGUCUUCGCGCAACUCUUUCGGAAGUGCUCUGGAAACCAUGUGCAUUUGGGCUGGAGACGCGUCAGUUCGCAGCGGUCUGCGGGUCUUGAGGCUGUCUAUCCCUGGGGCUUCACCAAGGUCAUGGCAGCUUUGCUUCGUGAGCACUUUCUGGAGCUCGGGGCUGUGGCUCCAGCGACCCACCUGCUUCAGGCGCAGCCCUCGGUGCAAACUGCUCGUGCUUUCUCUGGGUUGCAGUCUCGCAAGCGCUUGCCGCCUUUGCUCAGUGAGUUCCAUUCCGUGCAUUCCGUGCUGGUGCCGCAUGCGCACGCAGAUCUUUUUCUGGUUCCAGGGCGCAAACUCCUUCAUGACUGGUAUCCGCCACCUUCAGUCCAGUGCCGGCCUCCUUGUGCAGUUUUGCCGGCGGGCAGUCGCAUCCUUCGCUCGCAUGUUCUUCACGGGGAUAGCCAGGGCGAGCUAAAGUCUGGCUACGUUGAGUCAAGUCCUAGCACGGAUAUGGUCCGGGGCUCUUCUGAUCCGGAAGUUCUGGCACAAGGCCUCUUGAAGAAGGCUAGGCUUCACAGGAGUGAUGUUGUGGCUCUUCUGGAUCUUCUACCUUCAGAAAAUCUUGACAGGUGGUCGGCAGACGGCUACUCUUCUGACUCUGACUCGAAGUCUUUCCAAGCUGGUGGGUAUGUUCAUGGUGGCGUCAACGGGGUGCGUACAGUCACCAAAAAGUACCCGCUAUCGGUGAAGGUGAUUUGCAGGUAUGUUGCGGAUCUUUUUCCCGGGCUUCUUUUUGGCACCGUAGGCCUCUUCAGAAAUGUUCUGGCACAGGUCCAUUCCCAUGCCAACACUGAAAUGGGCACCGAAAAUUGCAUUGCAGCGCUGUCAAGUUUCAAAGGAGGCGAAGUUUGGAUGGCUGAUCCUAGUGGCGAUGUGGCUAUGGACUAUGGAGGGCGAGAUGUUCAAGGCGUGCGGGUGCCGGUUGAUGCUGCAGGUUUUCGCUUUGAUGGGCAUCGCUUGCAUGCGACCUGGCCGUGGGUUGGGCGCCGAGACGUAGUGGUUGCCUACAUGCCCCGUGGGAUGGAGAAACUCCGCGCUGAGGACAAAGCUUUCCUUGUUGACUCUGGCUUCAGGUUAGAAAAAGGAGGGCCGAAAGCGUUAAAGCGUGGGGGCAGCGUCGUCAAAGUGGUGGUGGGUGUGUAUCGCACCCCGGAGCAGUUUGUCCAAGAGGCUGUUAAGCUCGGGCACCCAACUGAGCUGGCUUCACUUGUCCCACCUGAGCUUAAAGUGGCAAUCGAGCACAACCUCGCGGAGGGAGAAGCAGAAGUGGCAAAGGAGCGGACGGCAAUCUUGCGAGAGUGGAUUGCCUGGUCGUCUGAGCUGGCCGUUGCAGAAGAAUCCCUGAAGGAGGACAUGCCCCCAUUCAGGAAGCAGGUUCUUGAGCGCAAGAGACUUCUAGUUUUUAAACGAGCUUUGGAGUCGAUUGGCCAUGAGGAUGUUGGUUUGGUGGAUGACAUCAGCCGUGGCUUCGACUUAACGGGAAAACUGCCCAGGUCGAACGUGUUCUUGAACAAGUUUAGGCCGGCAGAGCAGUCGGAGGCCCAGCUGCGCAAAGGAGCUAAACGGCUCCGGGAUGGUUUGCUGGCUACAGUGCGCAGUUCUGGCGAUCCUGCCAUCGAUGGCGGCGUGCUGGAGGCGACGCGCAAGGAGCUCGCUAGAGGCCUCAUUGAAGGCCCAGUGCCAAUUUCAACUUUGCCUGAGACGGCUUCGCUGACUCAUCGCUUUGGGGUCCACCAGGGCCAAACCGAGGAGGGUCCCCGUAUCCGUCCCAUCGACAAUUACCUGUCUUCACAGGUCAACGCUUCGGUCACUCAGGUCGAGCAGGUGCCAGUUCACACGAUUGACAUCGUUGCUGGUGUGCUUAUGCUUUGGGUGAGAACUUGGCUGUCUAUGGGAGGUUUGGGGCCCAGCUGCCCUUAUUGCAAGGCCUGGGAUUUACGUUCGGCGUAUAAACAGCUACCUUUAUCAGAUGUCGCCUUUGCUUUGGACAGCUUUUUCGUGAUUUUCAACUGCGAGAGUGGCGGGCCGGAGAUAUUCCGACAAAGAGUCUUACCGUUCGGAUCGAAAGCUAGUGUGACGGGAUUCAUCCGGUGUGCUUUCGCUUUGUGGCGACUUGGUGUGAAGCGGCUACGCUUAGUGUGGUCAGUCUUCUUUGACGAUUACUUGAGUGUGUGUGGCAAGGAGUUUACAAAGCACAAUGAUUUAGUCAUCACUAUGUUUUUCAAGAUAUUUGGCUGGGAUGUCGCCGUGGACAAGUCUCUGUCGUACAGUUCUCUUUGCGUGGUGCUUGGAGUGCAGCUCAACUUGAGUGAUGCCAAGCUUGGGCUUGCCUUCAUCGGGAACACGCCGAAGCGCAGAGAGGAGACGCUAACUGCUCUUGAGGCCGCUCUUCAAAAGGGUGAGCUGGACCCCAAAACUUGCGAGAAGCUUCGUGGACGGUUGCAGUUCGCGAGUUGCCAAGUUUUUGGUCGGCGCCCGAAGGCGGCGCUCAAGCAGUUGGGCGCUCAUGGGCGCCGCAGACAGUGGAAGCUGUCUGAUGAGACUCGGCGAGCGCUUAACCUUCUAAAAGAGCUUCUUGCGACCGGACGCCCUCGGGCACUGCGUGCAACUGCUGGCAAGGUCUUCCAUGUUUACGUCGAUGCUGCUUUUGAGCCGAAUGGGUUCAGUGGUAUAGGUGGUUUAGUUGUGGGCAAAGGUGGGCAGAUCCUCGCGUGGUUUGGUGAGCAGAUACUGCCGGAGGAUCUGUCGCGUCUGAGGACGACAGCCGAUGGAGAAAAGGAGACAGUAAUUUUUGAGUUGGAGGCUUUGGCUCUUGCACUCUCCAUUGAAGUUUUCAAAGCCUUCCUAAAGGAUAGCUCUACUGUCUUCUUUACUGACAAUGAAGGCGUCUUCGGCACCUUUGUGAGAGGACACAGCGAAGUGAGGAGGUGCGCUCAGCUUCUUGAUUUCUUUUGCCAGCGUGAGGAGGAGUUGGGAGUCACAUGUUGGCUGGAGCGUGUUCCUUCAGCUUCGAAUCCAGCAGAUGCUCCGUCACGCGGUGAAAUCAUCAAGACAACAGGACAACGCCUGAAGGUGAGUAGGGCGCUGAUGCAGAAUGCGCUACAAGACGUUUUCCUUUGA